AAGGGUUGGAGAUGUGUUUCUUUUCUUUUAUGAACUAUGACCACGGACAACACAAACACUACUACUAGUACUACGAAGAGUGAAAGUGGGAGUGGAGGGGGGUUUGGGAGUAAGCUCAAGUACGUUCCGUGUCUUGAUUUCAUUGUUCGAGUCGGGUCGUUGAAUAAAUCCGCAGAGGAGCCGCUCAAGUCAUCCACGGUCAUUCAUACUCGCUUCAGAACCAAUAACGAUUAUAACCCUCUGAUUUAUUUAGGAUUUGGCGAUAAUAUUCGAGGCUCAGCACUUGGAGCUGCCGAUCGUGCUACGAGCUCUACAGCUGGCGUGCAGAAGAACGUGGACCUUGCUACGAAGGGCCGGGCUGAGAUUGCCGAGGGUAUGGCAAUGAUGAAAGGUCAUGCGCCCGCGGCUCAAGGUGCCUCUACCGAAACGACACCGGCUGGAACGGCACCCCCUGCAACGGCGCCUGCUGGUCAAGGUACGACUGCGGAAUCUGGGACUGGAGCAGGUACUGGCACCACAACUGGGACUGGCGCAGGUACUGGCGCCGCAGUCGGCGGUGCUGCUGCAGGGGUGACGGAUCAAGAUCGACAACGGGGAACAGGUGACGAAAAAUCAAGUGCAGUUGGGAGAAAGACUGGCCCUGAGCCAACAGGUUCGGGUGCUGCUCAGACUGGUCGUGAGGCUGCUGUAGGCGCAGGGGCAGUACAGGGCCAAGCUGGGACUGGAGCAGGUACUGGGGCCACAACGGGGACUGGCGCAGGUACUGGGGCCGUAACUGGGGCCGCAACUGGGGGUGCUGCUGCAGGGGUGACGGAUCAAGGUCGGCAACAGGGAACGGGUGAUGAAAAAUCAAGUGCAACGGUUGCCGGAAAGACUGUACCUGAGUCAACAGGUCCGGGUGCUACUCAGACUGGUCGUGAGGCUGCUGUAGGCGCAGGGGCAUUGCAGGGCCCUGGUGAGGCUGCUGCAGGUACAGGCGCAGCGCCCGAGCAGAAACAGCAAUACCCGAGUGCUGUAAGUCAAGAAGAAGAGAAACACGACGAGCGGAAUGUCCCAGAGCGUUCACAGAGCGGCGAUACCGGCCAGACUCCUGCACAAGGGACCACAGAGGACCGCCCUCAGCAGAAGGCAGAAGUUUCACAGAAGGGUGUCCAGCAGGAAGGUGAACCGUCCAGAUGGGUGGACCACGGAAAAGAGAAGAUUCAUUUCCUGGGCAUCUCGACGGACGACGAAGGAGGUGAACAACCGUCUCAACAAACGACAGAAAAAACGCGUGAGGUCUCCCACGAAGGUACACAACAGGAAGACGGACAACAGUGAGCGCACGUGCCGCUCAAGAGGGAGGAAAGAUACGUUUUUAGGAUCUGCAGGGUUGCGGUAUCUAAUUGACAGUGAAAUAAAUCUGCGGCUUCCAAGCUUGGUUCCGGCUCAGUGACCCUGACGGUAGGAGUCAUGAGAGUCUAGGUACCGCGAUGUAAAAAUGUAGUCUGUUAGGCUGUUCUUUAAACCAUAAUGCACUCGGGAAUUCGGAACGUUGCUUAUUCCGAUUUCAAAAUUAGAAACUCA